AUGGAUCACUCCAGAGAUCCCUGCCCCUGGGUCGCCCUGAGCGAUUUUGGUGGUGCCUUCUGCAUGGGUGCCAUCGGUGGUGCUGUCUGGCACGGUGUCAAGGGUUUCCGCAACAGCCCCUACGGUGAGCGCCGGAUAGGUGCUCUCACUGCCAUCAAGGCGCGUGCGCCCGUUCUCGGUGGUAACUUCGGUGUCUGGGGUGGUUUGUUCUCGACCUACGACUGUGCUAUCAAGGGUAUUCGCAAGAAGGAGGAUCCCUGGAACGCCAUUAUCGCCGGUUUCUUCACCGGUGGCUCUCUGGCCGUCCGUGGUGGUGUCAAGGCUGCCCGUAACUCCGCCAUCAUGUGCGCCGUCUUCCUGGCUGUCAUCGAGGGUGUCGGUAUUGGUUUCCAGAGAAUGAUGGCCGAUAACACAAAGCUGGAGGUCGAAUACCACCUCACACUUUCUCCUUUUCCAACGCAUGCCAGCCCCGCCAAAUUCGCUAUUCGAGUCAUGGCCAAUUCCCCGGCAACCUUCAAGCCAGCAUUAAUUCUGCACGGGGGCGCAGGUGUUUAUCAGCGCUCCAAGCUACCCCCAGAACUUUACAAUGCUUACCACGCCUCGCUACAAUCCUAUCUGCGCUCAACCCAUGAAUUGCUCAAGGAUGGCGCCAGCGCCCUAGAUGCAGUCGUACACGCGGUUUCUUUAAUGGAGGAUGACGAGCUUUUCAACUGUGGCCGUGGCAGCGUCUUUACUACAGCGGGUACUAUUGAAAUGGAAGCUUCGGUUAUGGUAACCUCUGUCCUGAGAUGA